AUGUCUGCACAGGAUCGUGUUCAGCACUAUAUAGCCCAGCUCGACCGUGAGCUUUCUAAAUACCCUGCUCUCAACAACCUCGAAAAGCAAUUUGGUGUUCCCAAGGUUUAUGCUGUUCUCGGCGUAGCCUCCCUCUACUUGUUCUUCAUUAUCUUCAACCUCGGUGGUCAACUCCUAACCAACUUCGCCGGCUUCGUCGUCCCCGGAUACUACUCUCUGGCUGCUCUUUUCACUGCCACCAAGGCUGAUGAUACUCAGUGGUUGACCUACUGGGUUGUCUUUGCCCUCUUCUCCGUCAUUGAGAGCGCUGUCAGCGUUGUCUACUGGUUCCCCUUCUACUAUACCUUCAACGGCGCCCAACUUAUCUUCCGAUCAUUCCUCCAGCCAAUGCUUGGACGACACUUCUCCGAGUCUGGAUCUACCGCUGCCAACUUGCGUGCCAAGGCCGACUCCUUUGGCAAGGACCAGUAA